AUGGCCAGCCGCACCCUCAACACCGCCUCCUUCAACCGCUCUGCGGAUCCCCAACUGUCGUCACGCUUCUUCACCCUCCCUGCCGAGAUCCGGAACCUCAUUUACCUCGAAUUCUGGAAACUCAAUUGUGCCCACCAGCACAUCGUGAAACACGAACUUCCGGAGGACGACCACCCACAAGGCUUCACCGAGCAGUGGUCGCAUGUGCCCUGUAUCACGGAUCCAUCCGCCCCGGACACGCGGUGGCCCCAGUACGCUGACAGCCAGCCCGCGUCCGAGGAGAGGCAAGUCUGGGGCAAGCGGCUCAAGAGCGAGUGGUGUCUGCACUGGGCUUGCGAGGAGCAGGCCGGAGAUGCCGCCAAAUCCACGGGGUGGAUCGCCCUUAAAAGGGUGAAGCGGCCCGGGGAGGGAAACGAGCAUGCCGACGAUGAAUUCGAAACAUACCCGAUCCCACCUGGGCUAGGGAGUGCACUACAAAAACGUUCUGGCAACCUACCACACUGGACAAUGGAGAAGGGGUUUGGCCAGUCUGGCCGCAAAACCAAGGCGGGACCCAUGAGCGUUCUCACCACGUGUAAGCGGAUGUACCUCGAAGCCCUACCCUCCCUCUACGCUAACACCACCUUCAUCUUCACCGACACGCGCACCGCAGUCGACUUCCUCGCCCUCUACACCAACAGCACCAACCCUGACCAGCACCCCAUCCGGUCCGUCGAGAUCUGCAUCCGCGUCACCAAUCUGAUCACCGAGAUCUACUACCCGCCCACCGACCCGCACGGCAACGGCAACGACACAGGCCCCCCCGCCAUCUUCGCCGGCCGCGCCCGCCCCGCGCUCUCCAUGGCGCACAACCCCUGGCAACAGCUGUGCGACGCGCUGGUGGCGCUGCCCCACCUCCACAACCUGCACGUGUGGCUGGACUCGAGCGACCUGCGGCCGUGGCACAAGCGCGUCAGCGAGACGCGGUUCCUGGGCCGGCUGUUCGACGUGCGCGGGCCGGGGCCCGGGCGUUUCGUGCUGAGCCUGCCCGAGCUGCCGGAGCGGCGCGGGCCGGAUACCCACGUGUUGGGGGACCAGUAUCUCGAGGGGGAGAGGCUGGAGGGCGCGCCGUUUACGGUCGAGAGGGGGCCAAGGCCGAAUAAUUGGCGUGUGCAUCUGAGGAAUAUUGUGAGUGUUGGUGCGGUGGCGGCUAUCGGAGCGUAG